CCAUCGACAUCAGAAGAUGGGCACAAUGAGUUGAUGAAAUCAAGGAGGACAACGAAGAAGACGAAGGCAGGUGAUGGAGAUGUCUUCGAUGAGGAGUACCAUCCUGUGGAUGUAAUGACCCGUCUUCAGAGUGACAGUCAUAAAGCUGAAAGUGGAAUUAGUGAAUCAGAGCGUGUAUCAAUUGAUCGAGCUCGAAGAGAUGUGAUUCAGGGUAGGUUGUGUUUGAUAUCUCUAGCCGAGAGAGUUGUGCCCAUGCAUUGA